AUGGCCAUGGGUGCCAACGGGAGUACUGCGAAUCCUUCGGCUUCAUCUGCUCCAGACUGCAGCCCCCAAACUACAUGCCCUGUAGAUCACAAAACUCGUGCUGUAUGGCUUUCACAACAUCAAAAUCCCACUGCUCCUCAUCCAAAUCCCACAACCGACACAUCUGCGCAACCCAUCAGUGGCCCAAAGCCGACGAAAUUACAUAGGCCUCUAUCUCGCGAGCGGGAAGUAAGCAGUAUCCCUCGGGCAUUGCCUAAUACUUCAGCAUCAUCAUCCUCAUCCACUUCCGGAACACCCGCUCCUCCAUCUCCAUACGCUUCACCAACCUCAACCACAGCCUCCCAUAUCAACCCAUCAAACGAUGAAGCCGAAACAGGCCAUGACUCCCGCACCGGAAAUUGGAUCUAUCCUUCAGAGCGUCAAUUCUUCGAUGCCCUUUUGCGCAAAAAUACCCCCACAUCAGCCACGUCAGCGACAGACCUAGCCACCUCCGUAGCUUCAAUUAUUCCCAUCCACAACGCCGUGAACGAGCGCGCAUGGUCUGAGAUACUUGCAUGGGAAUCUUCCGCCCCAAUCUCGGAUCCAGGUAGUCGAAAGUGCGGGGGUCCCAAGUUGUAUUCGUUCCGUGGAUUAGGUGUCGAGAGUCAGUUUCUGAGUCCCCGAGCGCGGAUCAACGGGUGGUUAGGUUAUCAGCGGCCAUUCGAUAGGCAUGAUUGGGUUGUGGAGAGGUGCGGAGGGACUAAAAUUGAAUACGUGAUUGAUUUCUAUCAAGGAAGGUCCGCAGGGUCAGGGCUGGGGGCUGCUACCAAUAAUGGGAAGCUAAGUUUUUAUCUGGAUGUGCGGCCCAAGUUGAAUACUUGGGAAGGGUGGAGGAUGAGGGCCAGUCGGCUAGUUGGAUUGGGUUGA